AUGGGGAUACAGAUUGGUAAUCAUUGCUUGACAACCUUGUUGUUCGCCGAUGAUCAGGUUAUAGUUGCUAAUGAUGAGGAAGAUAUUGACUAUAUGCUCAGAAAAUUGAAAGAGGAGUACGCAGAAUGGGGAUUGAAAAUGAACAUGACAAAAACAGAAUAUCUAAAAAUGGCAGACGAUGGACAAGUAGACCGGAGCUUAGAACUCAGCAAUAUAAAACAAUGCGAAGAAUACAAAUAUUUAGGAACUAUAAUAUCUCAAGAAGGAACAUCAAACAGGGACAUUCAACAUAGAACAAACACAACAAAGGCAGAAAUGUAUCCGAAUUCUAAAUUCAGUACUUUGGUCGAAUAA